AUGGGCGAGACGCUGCCAGAAGAAGCGCCCUUCCCAUUGACUGCUGUAGACAGAUGGGUGCUCUCGCAAACAGACGAGGAGUUUCACAAACAUGAUUGGGAGGAGUUGAAGGAGAUCAUUGAGACGAAUAACCUGUCUGUUCUAAAACGCAAACCUUCUGACCUUCGCCGGUACAUGGCAUGGACUGCUGAGACAAAAACAGAGUACGGCUCCAUGACAAACUACCUACUUGCCAACCGCCUGCCAAAGGAAUGGGGCAACCCGCCUUUCACGCCCGUAUCUACUACCCCUUUCAAAGACCCUUCGGAUUACCGCAUCCUGAUCAAUGACUGGCCCUAUGGUUUGGAUCCGGAUAUCCGACAUAUUGUCGUAUGGUUGCACACAACAAUUCCUACGGAUUCUGAGACUGGUGACAUGACGCCUGAGAGCAGGGCAAUGGUUCAAUCUUUCGUCAAAAAGACCUUUAUUGACGCUCUGGGACCAGACGGCGAGAGCCGAGUGCUGUGGUUCAAGAAUUGGGUGGCUCUUCAAAGUGUGCGCGCUUUGGAACACAUUCAUGUAUUGGUCCACAAUGUGGACGAAGACACCCUUAAGCGAUGGACUGGAGAGCGCCCGAACCAGACAUCUUAG